AUGUCUGACCAUAACUCUCCUGUCGGAUCGCCGACGCCGGCAGAGCAAGAUGCUCCCGAAAUAGAAGAGCUCCAGCAAGACGAUGAUAAUUUCGCCGCACCAGCAGAGGACCUUUCGGACCAAGAAUCCGACGUCCUCUCGGAAAUCGACGAGAACCAGUUCGAAGACUACGAUCCGGAGACUGCCGACAUUGAAGACAGACCGGUGGCUGUCGACGAAGAUAUAGCCAAGACACUCAAGGCGUCCAAGCGCAAGCGCCCCGAAGGCGAAACUGUCAAGAAACCCAAGGAAGGUCGGCGCGAGAAGAAGCGGCAGCGCGAGGAGGAGGAAGUUACGGGCGAAGACGGUGACUUCGAAGAGGCGGCGUCGACGCGGAGGCCCCGGCGCUCCGGGGAGCCACGUGCUCGGCCUCAAAAGAAAUCUCCCGAACCUGAAAUCGAAGAAAACCUCACUCCCGAGGAGCGUAGACGACGGGCGUUGGAACGGGCGCUGGACGCUGCGUUCAAGAAGCCUGUAAAACGGAGAAAGAGGAAGAACGAGGAGGACCUGGAAGACGAGAUUGACGACUACAUCGCGGACCUUAAAGUUCGCAUGGAGACUGCCUGCCAGGACGAUGCCGCCGCCCACGAAGCGGGUCGCCCUGCAACCCACAAGUUGAAGCUACUGCCCGAGGUAGUCGCCCUUCUGAACCGCACGUCUGUCCAGCACGCCGUCUUGGACCCCGAGAACAACGUCUUGCAGAACGUAAAAUUCUUCCUCGAACCACUAAAUGACGGCACCAUGCCUGCCUACAAUGUCCAGCGUGACCUGCUCACCGCCCUCCUCACGCUUCCUAUCGAGAAGGAGACUCUCUUGAGUUCCGGUAUCGGCAAAGUCAUUCUAUUCUACACUCGGUCCAAGCGGCCCGAGAUUGGCAUCAAGCGCAUGGCUGAGCGCCUACUGGGCCAGUGGAGCCGCCCGCUCCUUAAUCGCACCGACGACUACAGGAAGCGCCGAAUCGAGACGCGCGAAUUCGAUUAUGAGUACGAACCACCCUCUCUCACCCGUUGUUUCCAACCUUUGCCUCUCUACCUUCCCCCUCCCCGCCAAGGCAGCGCCUACACCCUCGCCGAACGGCCCAUCACUGCCCGCGAGGCGGAGCGCGAGCGCAUCCUCUCCAACAACGUGAACAGCAAGCGAGCCCGGCCUGUCGGUUUGCCGAUGAGCUACACCGUCGCGCCCGUGAGCACGUUCAACCCGUCCGGCGCCCCGGACCACCGCCCCAUCGGUGCCGCCGGCGCCGAGGCCUUCCGCAGGAUGACGUACAAAGCGAAGAAGCGCUAG